CUGAAUUAAAUAGCAGCGAGUGACACUUUGAAAUCUCGAGUCAACAACCGUUUCUCUGGCCGCCACCUUUGGCAGCCCCGCAGCAAAUGCCGGCGAGCUAACACAGAGGAGGCCUUCCUUCAUUAUCCAUGAAGCCUGCCGACACUUUCCCGAAAUAGAUUCCUGGGACUAUCUCCCCCCUCCUCGCCUUUCCCUUUCCAAGGUCAUGGAUCCUGAACAAAGCCAGAGGAGCACAAAGAAGGGCGAGGAAGGGUCGAGGAGGAGGCUCGUCAAAGGACAGGCUUUUCAAAGCAGUGUUUCGUCCGCCGCUACCUAUCCGGGGAGCUCGGCUCCUUUGCAAGGCUCUCCCCUCCGGGACGUUGCAGCGCAGCAGCCCUUUUCGAGGGAGGAGACCCAGGAGAAGACAGGGCCAGCCCAGCUCAAACGCCCCUCUUUCGAACGCCCUCCCCACACCUCCCAGCUUCAGCAGCAUCCCCUGUCGCCAGCGUUCAUGCCUCCCCGGAAGCAGGAACAUGUCCUUGAAGGCCCCACGACGUGGCAGCUAGUUGACCCAGCCAGGGCAGGUCCCUCCAGUUCGUUUCCAUCCUCUGGGCUUCACCCUGGCCAGCUCUUGUCAUCCCGUCCUCCUGUCGUCCCUGAAGAGGACAUGCCCUCCGUUCCAAAGGUCUACACUCCCCGCGCUUCACAAGCUUCCUUGAAAUCCUCAGAAGAAGGCCACAAGAAAGAGAAGAAACCCCAGAAACCUGGCAAAUACAUUUGCCAGUACUGUAGCCGGCCUUGCGCCAAGCCCAGCGUCCUCCAGAAACACAUCCGUUCGCACACAGGGGAGCGGCCCUAUCCCUGUGUCCCCUGCGGCUUUUCCUUCAAAACCAAGAGCAAUCUGUAUAAACAUCGGAAGUCUCACGCUCACCGGAUCAAAGCCGGUCUUGCCUCGGGGACUGGGACUGAGCUGUACCCUUCCGGUUUGGAAAUGGAGAAGAUGGCCGGAGAGGAAUUUGAAGAGCCCACCGAGGGUGAAAGCACCGACUCGGAGGAGGAGACCAGGAGCACACCGAGCCAUUUGGCAGAACUGUCGCCCCGGAGAAAGCAAACCAUGUUGUACGGGUCGGGAAGCCAAAGUUCUAGCCUAGAGAGCUGCUCGUUUUCUCACUCCAGCCUGUCUCAGUCUCUCGAAGAAAGCAGCCCGUUUGUGGAGCCGGCUUCGGAGCAUGCCCAAAGUCAUAAAUCGGAGGAAACUCAUACUAUCAAGCAGAAGCUCGCUCUCCGAUUGAGUGAAAGAAAGAAGGUGAUUGAGGAACAGGCUUUCCUUAGCCCUGGCAGCAAAGGGAGCACAGAAUCUGGCUAUUUCUCCAGGUCAGAGAGCGCCGAGCAGCAAAUCAGCCCACCAAACACCAACGCCAAGUCUUAUGCAGAGAUUAUUUUUGGCAAAUGUGGGAGAAUUGGCCAACGGACUUCCAUGUUAGCGGCAGCCACUGCCCAGGAAUUUCCCCAGGUAUCAGCCGAGGAGAAACUCAGCACAGUUCCUUUGUCUGUGCCGAGAACGCAGGUUAUUGAACAUAUCACCAAACUAAUCACUAUUAACGAAGCCGUUGUUGACACCAGCGAGAUAGAUAGUGUCAAGCCCAGGAGAAGUUCAUUGUCCAGACGCAGCAGCAUUGAAUCGCCAAAGUCCGGCAUGUACAGAGAGCCCUUUGCGUUAGAGAUCAAACCCGGCUCUGGUAGCCAACUUGAUUCAUCUAAGUCACUGAUGCCCCACAUGGAAAAAAUGAAGCCUGAACAAUCAUUGCUAUCACUCCAGCAUUCCCACAGUGCCACAGAGACAGUGCCUCUCCUACGAAGCCACUCUAUGCCUUCAGCUGCAUGCACCAUCAGCUCCUCCCAUACCUUUAGAGGUAGCUAUUCUUUCGAUGACCACAUCACCGAAUCGGAGGUCCAAAGCCGCGGUCAGGUGUCUUCCCACCCACGUAUGCUAAAACGGCAGCCCGCCAUCGAACUUCCCUUGGGGGUGGAGUAUGGUUCGGAGGACGUGGGCGCGGCGAGCAAAGAAAGCUCUUCCAAACCUCCUGAGGAACAAGAAACCAAGGAGAGCGAGCUCACCAAAAAGUCGAGGAAGGGCGCAAAAACAAAAGGGUUCAUGUACGAGUGCAACGUUUGCGGCGCUCGGUACAAGAAACGGGAUAAUUACGAAGCCCACAAGAAGUAUUACUGUUCGGAACUGCAGGUCUCCAAGCCCCGAUCUUCCAGUUCUCAUUUUUCGUUGGAAGCUGAGAAGGGUUCCGUAGAAUCUGAUCCUUGGCCGCAGAUGAUGCAUUAUAAGCUAGGGACGAGUUUAGAACUAACUCCGCUGAGGAAAAGGCGUAAGGAAAAGAGCCUUGGUGAUGAUGAGGACCCCCCGGCUUUUGAGUUGACUAAUCCAUCUUCCUGUAGCUCUGGGGCAGCCGCUCAGUUUACUAGCUUGAAACCCACUGAAGUGGCCUUGAACCUGACUUCCGAGUCCAUUAUGUCACCAGCAGACCUCAGCAAAUCGAUGCCACUCUCUGACGCCGGUGUCGCUUUCCACUCUAGGACUACAAAACCAUCUAUUGGUACGGAGGUCAAGGAGAGGAGGACGACCUCAAAGGAGAUCUCUGUCAUCCAGCACACCAGCUCCUUUGAGAAGUCGGAUUCUAUCGAACAACUGAGCAGCUUGGAAGGAGAGGAAAAGCUGUCGUUGCCAUACACUUCUCAGUCAGCUGCACAGCACAGCCGGCCGACUCAUUCCCUGCAGCCAAAGCUUGUGCGUCAACCCAACAUCCAAGUUCCUGAGAUCCUGGUCACAGAAGAGCCGGACAGGCCAGAGAUGGAGCCCGAACCUCCCCCUAAAGAGCCAGAGAAGACGGAGGAGUUUCAGUGGCCACAGAGAAGCCAGUCUCUCUCCCAGCUUCCUGCAGAGAAGCUGCCACCCAAAAAGAAGAGGCUGAGGCUUGCAGAAAUGGCUCAAUCUUCUGGAGAAUCCAGCUUUGAGUCAGUGAGGAGCCCCAGUCAGGAGAGCAGCAUCUCCCAUGCCUCCAGCCGCUCAACGUCAUUUGAACGCGAGGAAGCUGCUUCCCAGUCUUCUGAAUCCCACAUAAAACCUAUUGGGCUUGGCCCACACAUGCUAACAGUACCAGGCCACCACCACCCUCACCACCCUACCCGAGAAAUGCGGAGGUCCGUCUCCGAGCAGACGCCCAACAUCUCUCCCUCCUCUCCAAUGUCAGAGAACCGCAGCAAAUCAUUUGACUAUGGAAGCCUAUCCUCCUCCUCUCCCACUUCCCUGCCCCGCCCACCAACAACAUCAGCACCACAGGAGAGGAGGAAAUGUUUCCUGGUGAGACAGGCAUCUCUUGCUGGGCACCCAGAGCAUGAGCCGGACUGUGGCUCCAAAGGAGGGACCGAAACAGAAGAGCUGCUGCAGUCCACAAGCAAAUCUUCAGCUGCAAGUUUGCCCCAGCAGCAACCACCAUCCUCUUCCUCCUCCUCCUCUUCUCAAAGAGCCUACCCAGCUGACAAGGGUGAGCCAAAGGACUGCCCUGAGGGCACAUAUUCCCAUCCCUACACCGAAGCUCUGCAGGUGUUUCACCACCCAUCGGCACAAUUGACGCUCCAUGAAAAACAGUACAUGACCCCGCAGAUUUCUCUCUUGCCAUUCCAACAUCUUUUGCCACCAUCGGGACAGACGGUGGAGCUCUUCUCCAGCCAGACAAUGACUGACCUCUUUUCCGCUCAGUAUUCCAUCCCGCAAAUACCGCACUCCAUCUUUGAGAAUGCUGCCAUCCCGCUGCAAGACGCUUUGCUGCACCCGGGCCAGCUUCACAUUGCCCCUCCGCUGCUGUCCCACCCAGGGGACGUGGCACUCAGGCAGAGCCCGUCCCUUGUCCCUGUGCACUACCCAAGCUCCCCGCCGCUCCAUUCUGCCUUUUUUCUGCCCCUCCAGUCCCAGCUUGCUCUCCAGUUGCCAAGUGACAUUGGUGCCCAUUUGCCCCAGCUCAAAUCCAGGCUCUCUCCGCCCACCAGAAGUCCCAUCUUCUCCCCAUUUGCAGACUACAGCUCCGAGAGCAGACUGCACAUCUUAGCCCGGCCUAGCAGUCCCUCUGCGUCUGUCUCCAUCUCUCAGUUGGUGGUGCCUACACGAUCUGAGCCUGUCGUGUCCCUAGUGGUCCCAGUUCGCAUUCAGACGAAUAUGCCCUCCUACGGAAGCGCGAUGUAUACAACCCUUUCUCAGAUCCUGGUCACUCAGUCGCACUGCAGCGCCUCUUCUAUCAUCCUGCCCAGAUUUGAUGAGUACGAGGCCAAGGGUACCUUGGUUUGCACCGCUAACGUUCAUGGAAUUGGCCUUGAUCUGGCACAGAUGAUCACUGAAGAGCAGAAGAGCAUCUUCCAGACACCCUACCUAAGGCUGCCAUUGUCACUCUCAGAAAAGAAAGGCUACAUUCCUCUUGGCUCGCCAUCCGAAAGCCUGUUGGAUCUUGAAGGGAGUCCGUCGACUGUCGGAGGAAGCAAGCGGAUGCUGUCUCCAGCCGGAAGCUUGGAACUCACUAUGGAAACCCAGCAGCAAAAAAGGGUGAAGGAGGAAGAGUUCUCUGAGAUGGAGGAGAAGUCGGAAGCAGCAGUGGCCCCCAGUGCAACAGAGGAAGGGAAGAAGCACAACCAAAGGAGAGUCAAGUCAGAAAUGCCCCCGGACGUAUCACCUGAGCAGUCUGAGUUGGAAGAAUUCCAGGGAACUUCAUGGCCAGCCUCUCCACAGCCUGAGGCCUCGAGCCCUGAAGGGCGAGAGGAAUCUAAGCAUCCAGCUGGCAAGCAGUUGCAAAGCAAGGAAUCCCCACAGAUGGUGAAGAAGGAAGAUUGCAAAGAGCCCGUGGAGCCACCUGCAACAACCUCCCCAAGUUCAGCUCUUCGUUCUGAGGCUGCCCAAAGUUCAAAGAAGUCCCAAGAGGGGCCAGAUGUCAAGAAGGUAUUUCAGUUCCCCAGUCUCCAUACAACUACUAAUGUCAGUUGGUGCUAUUUAAAUUACACAAAGCCAAAUCACAUCCAGCAAGUUGACCGAAGGUCCUCGGUGUAUGCCGGCUGGUGCGUUAGUUUGUAUAAUCCCAACCUCCCCGGUGUGUCCACCAAAGCAGCCCUUUCGCUCCUGCACUCCAAGCAAAAGGUGAGCAAAGAAACCUACACCAUGUCUGCUGCUCCACGUCCAGAGGCAGGGAGGCUUGUGCCCUCAAGCGCCGGGAACCCCAAAAUGUCGGAGGUUCACCUGCCUUCGCUCCUUCCCAACGAAGGUCGAAAGGACGAAAUGAGAACUGAAAAGGAAGAGGAGAAAAGAGGAAAGCCAGAAGAUGACAUUCCCAUAUCCAAACGAGGGGAGCCAGCCCGGAUCAAGAUCUUUGAAGGAGGGUACAAAUCAAACGAAGAGUAUGUGUAUGUGCGAGGCCGUGGACGAGGGAAGUAUGUAUGUGAGGAGUGUGGAAUUCGCUGCAAGAAGCCCAGCAUGCUGAAGAAACACAUUCGCACGCACACAGACGUCAGGCCAUAUGUCUGCAAGUACUGUAACUUUGCUUUUAAAACCAAAGGGAAUCUGACUAAACAUAUGAAGUCAAAAGCCCACAGCAAAAAAUGUCAGGAGAUGGGUGUGUUGGUGUCUUCGCUGGUGGAGCAAGAAGCAGAUGAAGGAACCAGUGAAGAUCUCUUCCAAGAUUCAGAAGGGCAGGAGGGAUCUGAGCCACUUGAAGAACACCAGUUUUCAGACUUGGGAGAGUCUGAUGAUGACAAUGACGAUGAGGAAGAGGAGGAGGAAGAGGAGGAGGAGGAGGAGGAAAGCCAAGAGGAGCCACCAGUGAAGCUUUCAGAAAUGAAGAACAUCUCCCUCCCAGGACAUUCUCCAAGAGGUUCUCACUCCGCCCAGGAGAAAGGCACCAGGACAGCAUUGUCCAUCUUGGAAGAUGUUGUCUCCACUAGCAAGCGUGCUGUUCAGCGUCACCAGACCACCUCCUCGGGCCCAGAAACGAAAUGGUCAGCUGACAGCACUGAAGUUGCCGUCUGCCACAGCUUCUUGAGACUCCACCGGCCGGUUUUGACCUCCAGUGGACCCGUGGCUUCUUCUGCUGAGAAGGAACCCCUUACAAGGCCACAGAUGCUCUUAGCGAUGGACUUGUCAAUCUCCAAAGACACCUCUCUGAGGAGGAAGGGGUCUCCAAGCAAGGACUCUGGCUUUGGCAGUGGUGGCAACAACAACCAUUCCACGUUGGCUAGGAAGCACCUGUUAACCAAAAACGAAAUGUCUCCGAAAAGGUUUUCGACAGCUGGAGAAACACCUUCUCUGAGGAGCUUCUCUCCAGCAAGGGGGAGGUCUUCUGGUCACCGAAUGUCUCCAAGGAGAGAGGCGUUUCCCCUCCGCAGUCUGUCGCCGAGACUCGAGCUCUCGCCCAGCAGGUACAUAUCUCCGAAAAGAGAGCUGUCGUCACGAAUGUACCUCCCGCCAGAGAGAGGCGUGUCUCCUGUGAGACAUUUGUCUCUGAGCAGGGAUGUCUCUUCAGCCAGAUACUUAUCCCUGAAGAAGAUGUUGUCCCAGAGCUAUUCAGAGCCGCCUUCGAGGUACCCAUCCCCAGGAAGAGAGGACUUGCCUUCCCAUGGCCAGUCGGCAGCAGAUGAAAAAGUUCAAAGCCUGAGUAAAACUCUGCAUGGGAUCUCGUCUUCAGUGCCUCUACCUCACAGGUCCCUCGGCAAGAAUACAGAACUGUAUGAAGAACCUAAACUGAAGACAGAAUCCAGGAGCCCAGCGAGUUCACCGGGCGUCACUCAGCAUCACUGCGUCAGGCCUUUGCAAUCGCCCCACGACACACACGCCCAUGCCCCAAGCCGGGUGGAAGACUACAUCUUUAGUCACCUCCCAUUGCACUCCCAGCAGCUACCCCGGAGCCCCUUCCCCAUGAUCCCCAUUGGGGGCAUCCAGAUGGUCCAGGCAAGGCCCAGCGGCCAUCCCAGCUUGCGGCACGGAUCAGUGAUGUCGCUGCAAGCCAGCUACUUCGCCCCCAGCGGCGACACCUCUGAAUCGAGCCAAGCAAAAGAUCCCGGGAAAGGGGCCCAAGGCAUCCGAGAAGCUCGCUCCUCAUCAGCAACCCCACCGCUUCAUAGCAGCAGCUGCUUGGAAGGGACAAUAAGGACUAGCGAGCAUCAGCAGAAGCCGGCCAAGGAGGAACACAGGGUGAAAGCCAGUGCUGAACCCGGAGUCCCAGAGUGGGGAAGCCAUACGCCCAGCCGAGAUGGUUCCUGCCCAGAGGAUGAGCCCUCUCCGCAGCCUUCGGCCAGUGGGGAAGGCAUCCGGUGGGAGAAGGGGAAGAAACCACGUAGCAGCUCAAACACCUCCUUGGAACCCCCCUGCACUUUGAUCUCGGACUUCCCCACCCAGACACUGGACAGGAGCAGCAGCGCUGGCUGCCUGCUGGAGUCCUUGUCCUCGAGCCACUCCUCCUGCCAGCCUCCCACCAGGAGAAGGAACCUCUCCGGGGAGCCAGCUCCUCCCACCACAGGGGUACAGAGGAGGAGGAGCCCACCCUUGGAGCAAGUCAGCUUCAGCCUACUGCAGAGGCAAGUGGAUCACAAUACAGGAAGUGCUUAAGCCCUCCCUCCCAGCUUUUGACCCUGGCUUCCCCAUAAGAUCAACAAACCUUUGUCAGUGUGAUUGGUUUUCGAAUAAUCAUUGCUAAAGGAAAAAACGAAACGACCCAACGCUCUAGCAUACGACCAAACCCACGGAGACUGUUGCUGGUUCUCUCUCUCUCUCUCUCU